UGUUUUCUAUCUUUGUUCAGAUGUUCAGAAGUACCCCCAGGGUGAUGGUUUGACUGGAUGGAUAGUGAAGGACCCCAUGAUGGUCCACAGAGCUGCUAAUUAUGUGAUGGAAAGGAGCAGUGCGGUUCCGGUUCUUGUCAGUGAUCCAGCUCGUAGAGCCGGCUCGGUCAGCAGAGUCCCUCGGUCCACCUGAUGAUCCCCCUUCAGCUCAGCUCUCCGUCCAUCUGUCCACCAGCCGAACCAUGGCUCCGUCCCUCCUCCGGACCUGCUGCGGGUUGAUUCCGGUGACCGGGCUGCUGUCCUUCUGGUGCGCCCAGCUGCUCCACCUGGAGCCCGCGGUGGGAGAGAAGGAGGACUGGUUCCCCGCCGCGGUCAACAUCACCUACCUGGACCCGGUCAGCCUGCAGGUGCGGGCGGAGAGCAGCGCGUGCGGUCGGUACGGGGAGAACUCGCCCAAGAGAGAAGUCAGAGGUCGGGUUGUGGUCCCCGUCCCCCCGCAGGACAGACAGGGGUGCGACCCGAAUGUCCGGUUCCCCCCGGUCCAGAACCCCACCUGGGUGGCUCUGCUGGCUGCAGGGAACUGCUCCUUCAGGGAGAAGAUCCGCAACGCAGCCAGGAACAACGCCUCUGGGGUGGUGAUCUACAACAGAACCAACCACACCUUCAGCAUGAAGCACUCAGGUACAGGUGACAUCGUGGCCAUCAUGAUCCCCGCACCUAAAGGUCAGGAACUCCUGACUUUGCUGGAGCGGCGCUUUGUGGUGAUGAUGCACAUCAGUGUGGGAACCGGCAACCUGCAGAAACAUGUGAGCGCAACCUCUGUGGUUUUCGUCUCCAUCUCCUUCAUCAUCCUCAUGAUCAUCUCACUGGCCUGGCUGCUGUUCUACUACAUCCAGAGGUUCCGCUACGCUAACUCAGCAGAACGCAACCAGAGGCACAUGGGAGAUGCUGCUGAAAAGGCCCUCAGCAAGCUUCAAGUGUGCACUUUAAGGAAAGGAGACAAGGAAACGGAAGCAGACUUUGACAGCUGUGCAGUUUGCAUUGAAUGUUACAAAGCUAAUGACGUGGUGAGGAUCUUACCCUGCAGACAUGUCUUCCACAAACACUGCGUGGAUCCGUGGCUCCAGGAACACAGGACGUGUCCGAUGUGCAAAAUAAACAUCUUUAAAGCCCUGGGAAUCCAAUUCAGUGCUGACUGCACAGGUGAGACCCCCCCAGACAAUGAGGCCAGUGUCGGGGGUCCCCUGACCUACCCCAUCAGUGCUGCUAGUGAAAUCACAGUGAACGAGAGCUCAGUGGAUCCUGCAGAGCGGGGGAUCAACCUGCAUCAGCUCCACCAUCAGCCGGAAGUGGCGCCGACGACACAGAUCCACACCGCUGUCAGCUGUCAGAACCGGCCUCCAAUUUCCAUGACGGAUGUGGACUGUCCUCUGGAGCACGAUGACACCAGGUCCAGAGACGGCCCCUGCUGAGGAGACACUCUUCAGAGAUGAUGUCAUACUGGAGGAAUAACGGACAGAACAGG